CCACACAGCGCCGCGGGCAGCCCCGAGACAGGAGGAGCAGCAGGAGGAUGUGAAGAAGGUGGAGCGCAAGACAGGCCGCCGCGAGCUGCGAGCGCCGACCAUGGAGGGGGCCGUGGGGGAGGCGCCUGCGCCCGGCUACUUUCCCUUAUCCCGUUCGCUUUCCACUUCGCCCCCACCCUGCCGGCAGCCGCCGCCGCCGCCGCCGCCGCUCCCCGGCACAGCCGAGCCUCACGGACCCAAGAUGGCCGCCUCUCGGCUUCCUCCGCUGCAUCCGGGUACCGGAAGUGACGACAUCGGCGCCUCCAAAGUUCGCCAAUCAGCGGGGCCCGAGACCGCCGCCCUGUUGCUGUUGCUAGGGGCGACUCGGUGCUGUUGGACUGGAGGGGGUGGGGCCGAAGGCUGGGACCUCGGGUUCCCACAAUCCGGGAGCGUUCGGCAUCUCAGAUAGAGCCGGGAAACGGCGCUGGGCGGCAGCCUGAGCCCAGCUACUUGGGGUGGCAUUUACAGAUUACAGAUCCGGGUUAAAUGGAUUACAGAGCGCCUACUGUGUGCAAAAGUUGCGGUCGCAUCCCCAGGGCCCCGCUGCACCGGAUGGAGCCACAGCAGCAAUUGUAGGGUCGGGGCUUCGGGAAGGUGGGCUCCUGCAUCAUUAACUGUGAUCCAGGCAUUAAGCUUUCAACCAACGAACUUUCUUGCCUCCAGCCGUGGGACACCAAGGGCUGGGCUGAGCAUUCAAGGGUUGCGGGCGCGUCUUUCCUGAAAGAACUGUCCGUCAGAAGGGACACAGACCCCGACGCAGCUAAAUGUCAUCCAGAGGGAAGAGUGUAAUGAGAAGGGUGGCACACAGGGGAUUGGGAAAGGGCCGGUUCCUAAGUUUCCGUAGAUGGUUUAUAACCAGGUUCUUAUAGCCAGUGUGCAGCUACUGGAGAGCUUGAGGCAGCCCUGGGUGCCAACCAGGGUCCAGGUUCAGAGGACAACUUCAGCUAGAACCUUGGAGAUACUACAUCGCCUGAAAAUUUUCCUUACCCUGACACUCUUCCUGUCCUCGCUCGAUGGAAUCCAAUGGUUCAGGGUUCCUGGAGGGAGGGCUGGGUGGGCUGGGGUAAUACGAACUAUUACUGAACUGAUAUUUGUGGGCACAUUACAUUUAUAACUCAUUGAAGCCUCAGGGUGACCAUAAAAGAUGGGCGGACACACCAGGUGAUCUGAAGUCUAGACAAGUUAGUGAUUUGGCCAAAACACCUAGUUGGUUAGCAACAGAAUUGGGAUCUGAACCCGAGUUCCUACAGCUUUGAUAAUAGGUAGAUAUGUCUUGUUUGCCUUUUCUUCUUGUCUUCCUUCUUUUUCUUUUGUUCCUCAGCAUCCCAACAUUUUGCUAUGCCUGGAACAUUUCCUGCUCUGUGAAGCAUGUAUCUUUAAACACCAGAAGCAUUCCCAGAGAGGCCAGAUGCUCCCGAUACAAAAAUAAAAACUAAGGAGGGAGAUGCAGUCAGAUAUCCUGCUGCUUGCUCACAGAGGAGUGUUGAAUGGAUCCACAUGGCCCUAUUUAAACUGUUACUUUCUUUCUCCCUGUUUGACCAAGCAGAAAUAGUGGAAUUCCUUUAAGUUAAGUGUGUGCUCCAUGCAGCAGUACAACUGAAAUGUAGGUUAUGGUAAGUGGGGUUGAGCACAUCUGUUGUGGGAGACCGUGAAAGGGCACGUAGCCCACCUACACCAAGGGAAACUCCCAGAGGAAAGCAUAUUUAUGCUGAAUCUACAUGAGUAGACAGCUAGGUGAGGGUGGAUGGCAAGGGCAAUGCAAGAAGAAGUCUGGCUGCACAGGGACACAGAGGUGAGAAAGAACAGGGUGGGUUUGGAUAAAUGUCAAAAGUGAGAGAGGCAGAAGCCAGGCAUGUUUGGACUUAGCAUGGCACCCAUUCUGCUCCUGACUCUGAUGAGUUAGGAAAACACCCCCAAAAGAGUAUCAGCUGCAGGUAGGAACUGAAAGAAAGCGUAUGGACAAUUCAGAGCAUUCCACAUUAGCUAGAGAAGUAACUAGGGUAUGAAGUUUCCACCCAGGAGCUUUUCUCACCAAAGCCAUACAUUAGUGAGUCAGUAAAUGGCCAAGUUAGGAAAUGAAUAUGACAGUACUUAACUCAAGUGUUCAUAGUGGUUAGAACUGAAGAAGAACAUUGGACUUUUAAUUGCACUUACAUCAAAUGACAUCAUGGUCCCACAGAAAGCUGGGAAUGGGAGGCAAGGUAUGCUGUGUAUGCCAUGCAGAAAAGGAAGGAGGAAGCGGGAGGAGGAAGAAAGCAUUGUUCUGCCCAAAGACCUUAUGUAGUACUGAAUCAUGUGCAUCUAUGAUGUGGAAGGAAGAGUAAAAGCUGAAAGUACCCUUCGA